ACUGUGAUUGACUGAGGAGACGAGAGGAGAGGGCGGCUGGGCGAUACCAUUCAUCCGGCCCAACACCGAAAAAUAGCCUAUGAAAAGAUUAAUGAGCUCUAGAAGCCAUCAGGACUACGGUUUCAAAGAGGAUUAUGGGCGUGUAGCUGAAUUCGAUGCGUUCCCUUUUUUGUUGGUCAUGAUUUUCCUGCGGAGGCUUGUGCAGCUUUCGGUGCUGCUGAUCCACGCUGGAUGGUGGGGGGUCGCGCCGAGCCCCACCGAUGAGGGAGCACUCCGGACCGGCCACGGUGAGCACGGAGAGCCUGGACACCAAGAGCCUCACAAGGACUCGUACAGCACCUUCGCCUCCGAGUUUCUGGAGUCCAGAUAUCUGUCCGAUGAUGGUUACCCAUUCCCCACAGCACCCCCAGUCGACCCCUUUGCCAAGAUCAAAGUCAGCGACUGUGGAGUAACAAAGGGCUGCAUAAGGUACGGGAAACCGGGGUGUGAUGCAGAGACGUGUGACUACUUUCUGAGUUAUCGUCGCAUCGGGACAGAUGUGGAGUUUGAGCUGAGCGCGGAUACGGAUGGCUGGGUGGCCGUAGGUUUCUCAUCUGAUAAGAAAAUGGGAGGAGACGACGUUAUGGCCUGCGUGCAUGAUGAUAACGGGCGCGUGCGGAUACAUCACUUCUACAACGUCGGCCAGUGGGCCAAGGAGAUCAAGAGGAAUCCGGCUCGAGACGAAGAGGGCAUAUUUGAGAACAAUCGCGUCACCUGCCGUUUCAAGCGACCGUUAUACGUCCCUAGAGAGGAAACGCUUGUGGACUUGCACCUCUCGUGGUACUACCUGUUUGCAUGGGGACCUGCUAUUCAAGGUUCCAUCACGAGGCACGACAUCGACAGUCCUCCAGUCAGCGAGCACAUGAUCAGCAUCUAUAAGUACGUGGACAUCUUCAUGCCCUCCACAGCUUAUCAGACAUUUAAUUCUCCCCUCUGCUUACUGCUCAUAGUAGCUCUCACCUUCUACCUGCUGAUGGGGACGCCAUAAUGAAGCACAGCACAGCAGAGAGAAGAUGAAGCAGCAAUAAAAAAAAAGUUUAAAUCUUUAUCUGAUGCCACAUACAAGUGCCCUCUUUGCACAGACUGUGUUAGAUAUAUUGAACAUGAAAGACUGACUAUAUAUUCAUUACUCACACACAGCAUCUUGAAGUAUUAAAGCAACACUCUAGAGGUGACAUGUGCUGAUCUGAGUAUUAGACAAGAGGGCAGAGUAGUAGUAGUUUAAAAUAGGCCAGUCAUUUUCAGUGUUAAUGAUAGCUUCCAGUUAUAUAAAAAAAAAAUACGAGGACUCCAUUCCAACAAAUACAUCUCACAUGACUUUGAAACCCUGCAUGCACUGGAAAAUCUGGGAAUGGUUUCAGACACCCACCGUGCACUGGUGACUAAUGUCGAACUUUGCCAAAACAACGGGUUUCUGAGGAUGAAAGAAAAAUAAAACAGCUCUCACAAAUGCUUCCCGUCUCCUCACCCUGCUACGUUUCUGUGGAUCUUAGCCUUAAAAAAAUAAAAUAAAAAUGUUGUUUGCUGGUGUUAGAAAUAUGGAGUGCAGGGUUUCAGGAACAACCGAGUGCAUCUACUAUGUAAAAGAUUUUCAUAAACUUUUUUUUUACAUCCUUGUCUGAUUUCAUCAUCUCACUUCCUAACCACAGUAACUGCUUUGUUUAUCAGUACUGUGACACUGUGACUCACAGCAAGACUGAUGAGAAGAGUUACUGCUAUUGCCUGUUCAAGCAAUAACACGGUUAACAGAAACAUUUUGCUUUGAUAUGGACUAAUAUUUUUUUCUCCCCUGGGUUGCUGUUGUAGCUUUUGAAGUGUAUUAAAAAUGGUUGAAUAUGUUAA